AUGGAUGACCCCGCCGCUCGCAUCCCGGGGCAGCUGCUCCCCCAUAUGCACCUAAUCUCGCGCAAUCGCUACCCUAGCAUGCAUAUGAUGCCCACGGAAACUGCCGUGGAGUAUCUGACAAGCGCACCCAGGAUAUGCCAAACCCAGCCCAUGCAUUGGACCUUCUUGGAGGCUCCUCCCGAUGGAACUGUCAUGCUCACUUGGCAGCCACUUGCUCACUUGGGCAACAACUUUGCCAGUGAUGGCUAUGUCUGGGCUGAUGCUGAGCAGGCCUUCACCUUUGAAGCUCGCGGUUAUACCGUCGAAAUGUAUCUCCAACGCUGCGGUCUCCACCCUCCAAAUGAGCCCAUGGCCACCCACUGUCGUAAGCGCUAUCGCAUUACUUCAUGCAAAGUGCCGAACGCUCCCCAGCCUGAUCCAUCGCUAUGGAUUGUUCAUUACUCUCGCGCUGCGCCAACAGACCACAUCCCUGGAAACCGGGUUCCAGUGACACCUCAGAUUCAGGCCACAAUGGCUCAGCGACGAUUCCUUCAAAGUCAGGGACAGCUGGCCCGCAAGGACUUUUUGCUCCAUGAUCGCAAUAGCUGGCCCACUAUCAACUUCCCCCAGAUGGCUCCCCAGGGCUUUGCCCAAUCCCCGGCUCCCUACCCCGGCCAUCCUCAGCAAAGACCUGGCUUCUAUCCUCAGGGCCACCCAGGCGCAAUGGCUGCUGGAGUUCCUGUUGCCAAAGGGCCGCGCGGACACCGUGCUCCUUCUGCUGCUAUGGGCGCCGCGACUGCUGAUUUCGCCAUUGAAGACGAGGACGUGUCCAGUGGCGACACUAUGGAUCUCCUGACACCCCGUGAAGUGAGCAAGAUGCGUUAUCAGCAGCACCACGAGUGGAUGGAGGAGAUCUUCGCAUCACCUUAUGCUAUCACACAGAUCACUCCCGUUUCGCUUGGCUUGGGCCGAAAGGGAGAGCUGGAGUCUCUGACAGCAGGCUUCUUUGAUGCCCCUGUUGGAACAUCUGGCGGUGAAGGCGAAGAAGCAGGCGACGGCCAACCGGCCAACAAGAUGGAGCCCGCUAAAGCCGAAGAAUUUGCCGAGCGUGUUUCCAAGAAGGUCGCUGAUAUGACAGCCGAGAUCGAAAAGAUGAAGAAGCAACACGCGCGCCGCAUGCAGCGCUUCAACCGUACUUCAUUACUCAAAGAUGCUGAAAUCCGCCUUCGGGAGUCUGCUGCUGACCCGACUGAGAAGGGCCCGGAGAUUUGGCGACUGGAGGGCCGUGUUGUCAUUCCCACGGAAGAUGAACCUCCCCAGCUUGACUACGUUGAGGACAAAGCUAAAUACAAGGUUGACGACAUUGUUCGGGAAGUUGAGACUGCCUGGAAGAAGCAGAUUGUAUCUGAACCCAAGGUCUCUUGUGUUGAAAAGGGUGGCUUGCUUGAAAAGAUUGAACCCGAACACAAAGAGGAGCCUGACUCAUUCACCAAUGACAUGGUCAUGGACCACGACGAUGCCCAUCUUCUGAAUCAGUUUGGCAGCCCCGGUAUCGGUGGCACAGGAAUGUCCAGUGUUUCUGUCAAUGGGCAACCAAUCCCCGCUGGCAUUUCAGCCGAUAUUGACAUGGAUUUGGGUGACCAACUCCACGGUGCUCCUAACGGCGAAGCCAACGAAUGGGUGAUGGUAAAUGAGCAGAAAGACCACGGUCCAGUGGGUGGAGAGUUCGACUUCACCAACAUUGACAGCGCGGGUGAUGCUUUGGCGGCUUAUAGCGAACAGAACGACGGGCUGGAUCUUCCUGAUCUGGACAACUCGGCGUUCGGAGACGCAUUCCAUGCGUCGGAUAAUGAACAUUCGCACAACCCUGAUGCGGAUGAAAUGUCAUAA